AUGCACUACAAAGUCGGUGCCACAUCUCGGCAGGUCUACCAAAAGACCUUUGCGGCCUCAUACAGGGCGCAUCUCAAUGCCGAAGCUCGGAAGAAGUUGAUUGUAAAGCUUCAGUCAGAGAUGCAGCAGAAGGAACGAGCAGUUCAGCAGCGCCUUGCCGACUCGGACGUCAUGGGCAGACUCACAUCCCGGGAGCUGGACAGCAUGGCUCGGAUUAACGAUGAGCUGAGUGGAAAAGUAUCGGUGGUAUUAGACACCCGGUUCCUGGAUAUGGAAAACCAUAACAAAAUCCAGAACAACGAUCUUAUCCACAAGAGCAACGAGCAUACCAAGAUUCAUGAUUCGCUCCUGGAUGCCACCGCAAAGUUGAACAGCUCGACUGCCGCUCGUGUGCAGCUAUCGAAGGAGUUGACCGAGCUAAACAACCUCAACAGUACGAUUAUGGGCGAUCAGGCGGGUACCAUCGAAGAGAAUGCGGCCCUUCGAAGCAAGGAGGCAAAACUUGCGAAGAGUGACGAAUGGCUCACCAGCGAGCGGGAAAGCCUCCUUAUCAACGAAGCGCACACUGCGCUAAUCGCCGACAAUCAAGCCUUGAAAUCCAGCUAUGCCGCCUUGGAGAUGGACAAGGCUUCCUUCGAGACACUCGCGAAUUCAGUUAUCCGCUUCCUCUUAAAGGGAGGCUGUCGGCUUGAUGCCCAUGUCCGCAAAGUAGACGCAGAUUUAAAGAUCUACAAGACUGAGGCACGAUUACUGAAGGAGUACAAUGGGAACCGAGCGACGUCCCAUGAUUUGCUCAAUGAAUAG